AUCAGCUUUAGAGUAUAUCCGUGGUUGGAUUUGUCGCAAGAAAGGUGAAGAUCCUCUGUUAUAUGAACCUGUCGAUAAAGUAUUAGAAAAACUGAGCAAUGAUCAACGAUUUAAAGAAUGCCUCAUAAACAUGUGUGAGAUGAAUAAUGUGAAUAUGGAAGCCGUGAAGAAACGUAUAGGAGGGACAUUUGGUGCAAUUUCCAUUCAAGUUAGCAUCACGUUAAUGUUAUCCAGUUCUUGUGAGACAGCACGCGACUGGUUGCAUCGGGCAUCAUCAUUAUG